AUGGCAACAACGAUUACAUCAUCAACAAAUACUACUCGUGUAACAAAUAUUUCUAUAUCAAAUACUUCCAAUGAUAAUAAUGAAGAAGAUCAAUUAAAUCGUAUUAAUUUACAAGCAUUACAAAAUCGUGAUCCAUAUAUAUCAAAAAUUGUUGAUCAAGCUCAACGUGUUUGUGUUUAUAAAUUCAUAGCUGAAAAACGUGAAUGGGAACGUAAAGAACUUGAAGGAACAUUAUUUGUUUAUGAAAGAAUGUGUGAACCUUUUCAUGGUUUUGUAAUAUUAAGUACAGUAUCACGUGAAACAUUUGUACAAAUUAUAAAACCAACGAUGGAAUUUAAACAUACACCUACUUAUGAAGCAUUUCUUCAAUAUAAAGUUGAUGUUGGAGAUAUUUAUGGAAUAUGGUUUAUUUCAAAAAAUGAUUGCCCUCGUGUAACUGAAUGUUUAAAACAUUUAACACAAAAAGCAAAAGAAUAUGAACAAUCAAAACCUAAUCAAAAUCGUCCUUUACCAGUGUUACAAAAAUCAAGUGAUAUUAUAUCAUUAUUAAACAAUGCUCAAGAUAAAUUUGAAGAAACUAAACGUAAACAAGAUACAAAUAACAGUGAAAUAUCAGCAGCAAUGCCUGCUGUCCUUUUACGAUUAUUUUCAACACAAGAAACAUCUACACAAAUGACUAUGAAUAGUGAAGAACGUGGAGAAGAAUUAAAAAAAACAUUAGGUAUACCAGGAAAAUCAGCAUUAAGUGUAACAGAAUUAGAAAAACAAUUACUUCAACCAUCAUCAUCUUCUCAAGAGACAACAAAACCUGUUAGUAAUAAUGAUAUUAUUGUGAAGUCUAUACCAAUUGCAACGAAAAGUCAAAUACAAACUCCACCACAAUCGUUAUCACCUCAUAUAGCAACACAUUCACAUUCCAUUUCAUUAAAUUCGAAUCCUUUUUAUGGACAUGAUACAAUUCCUACGACUAGCAAUCGAUUAAUGAGACCAGCAGACUUUCAAGCAUUACAAAUCACACAGUCACCAGUUCUAACUACUUCUACACAAAAUGAGUCUUUAUCCUGUAAUCAUUGUGAACAACAACAAUCUCCAUCUGUGAAUCAGUUUUCUAAAGAUAAUCUUCGACAAUUACUAGUUGACAUACUUCAAAAUGAUGAAGAAUUUGUAACCGGUUUACAUAAUGCUUACAUUGAAAAACAAACUAUUUUACGUCGUAUUUACUCUUAA